AGAAACAGAGCUUAGCUGAAUUUCCACUUGUCUGCCUUUCAGUGAACUACUGUUUGGUUCUCUUUAAGCUCUCUAAUCACUGGUUCCUCUUGCAUCUUAUUAACCAGGAGGACUCCAAAAAACAUACUACCUGACCUUGGAAAUUUAGUUGUUUUUUUUUUUUUUGUUUGUUUCCCAAAACAAGGAGUCUCACAAGUCUCAUCUUGGACAUUCUACUUCUGGGAAUUUAGUCUGAACUGCUUCAGGAAACCAGGAACCUCCACGACUUUAGCCUGUGGUGUGGAGGAUGCUCAUAUCCCAUGCAAAUUAAAUACAAAUCUAACUGAGUACGCCCUUAUCCACCUCUUGAUAUUAUUCUAUAUUGUUUUUAGUGUGUGUAAGUGGUUGAAUCUGUGCAGACAGAAGUAACCAAGGUGUCUCAGGCGAGGGGGGAUCCAGACAGGCCAGGUGAUUUUGGGGGUUUGGCUGGGCUCUAAUAGGGCCACCGUGGAGGACGACCCGCUGGAUUUUGCUGAUAUGGACGGGCACGGAUAUGACCGCUAUAUAGACGGGGACAGAGAUAUCUACCAGAUCGACUACCAGCGUAUCGUGGGGGACAUGGAGCCCACCAGGCCAAGGGGGGCGUUACGAGACUCGGACCACCACUUGCGCGGGCCGUUUACCCACAAUACCCUGCAUGGGCACGGGCACGAGACGGCCGCCCAGCGCUACAGUGCCACCCGCAUACAGGCGGGAUAUGAACCAGAGAGCAUGGCUGAUUACCUGAUCAGCGGGGGAACUGGUUAUGUUCCAGAGGAUGGACUCACUGCCCAACAGCUCUUUGCCAUCGGAGAUGGUCUGACAUACAAUGAUUUUCUGAUUCUGCCUGGCUUCAUUGACUUCACAUCUGAUGAAGUGGAUUUGACCUCUGCCCUGACCCGGAAGAUAACCCUGAAGACGCCACUCAUUUCAUCUCCCAUGGACACGGUCACCGAGUCGUCCAUGGCUAUCGCUAUGGCUCUCAUGGGCGGGAUUGGUAUCAUUCAUCAUAACUGCACACCCGAGUUCCAGGCCAACGAAGUUCGGAAAGUCAAGAAAUUCGAGCAGGGCUUCAUCACAGAUCCAGUAGUGAUGAGUCCGCGGCACACGGUCGGUGAUGUGUUUGAAGCGAAAGUACGGCACGGUUUCUCAGGCAUCCCGGUUACUGAAACUGGCAAGAUGGGCAGCAAGCUGGUGGGCAUCAUUACAUCACGAGAUAUCGACUUCCUGUCAGAGAAAGAUUACGAUCGGCCGCUGGAGGAGGCAAUGACAAAAAGAGAAGAUUUAGUGGUGGCCCGAGCAGGUGUAACGUUAAAGGAAGCAAAUGAUAUUCUGCAGCGCAGUAAAAAAGGUAAACUGCCCAUCGUGAAUGACAGUGACGAGCUUGUUGCUAUAAUAGCUCGUACUGAUUUGAAGAAGAACCGAGACUAUCCUUUAGCCUCCAAAGACUCUCGCAAACAGCUGCUGUGUGGUGCUGCAAUCGGUACCCGAGAGGACGACAAGUACCGGCUAGAUCUGCUCAUGCAGGCUGGAGUGGACGUGAUAGUUCUGGACUCUUCUCAGGGGAACUCAGUGUUUCAGAUCAGUAUGAUCAACUACAUCAAACAGAAAUACCCAGAAAUACAAGUGGUGGGAGGAAACGUGGUGACUGCUGCUCAGGCAAAGAAUCUUAUAGAUGCAGGUGUUGAUGCUAUAAGAGUCGGCAUGGGCUGCGGAUCCAUCUGCAUCACACAGGAAGUGAUGGCGUGUGGGAGACCGCAGGGCACCUCUGUGUAUAAGGUGGCUGAAUAUGCCCGGCGUUUCGGGGUUCCAGUAAUUGCAGACGGUGGAAUCCAGACAGUUGGGCACGUGGUUAAAGCCCUUGCCCUGGGAGCAUCCACAGUGAUGAUGGGAUCAUUGCUAGCGGCAACCACUGAAGCACCAGGUGAAUAUUUUUUCUCGGAUGGCGUACGACUAAAGAAGUAUCGUGGCAUGGGCUCUUUAGAUGCGAUGGAGAAAAACAACAGCAGCCAGAAACGUUACUUUAGUGAAGGUGAUAAAGUGAAGGUAGCUCAGGGAGUCUCUGGCUCAGUUCAAGAUAAAGGCUCAAUUCACAAGUUUGCCCCGUACCUCAUCGCUGGAAUUCAACACGGCUGUCAGGAUAUCGGUGCAAAAAGCCUGUCCAUUCUGCGAUCGAUGAUGUACUCCGGAGAGCUGAAGUUCGAGAAGAGGACCAUGUCUGCUCAGGUUGAGGGUGGAGUUCAUGGAUUACAUUCAUAUUCUUUUGUGCCAUCAGUUAUGAGAAAUGGUUAUACUGAGCCAGGAAGCAGGGGGCAGAUGAGAGCCGGACCCAACGUCCCAUCACCAGCUGUCAUGAAACACAGCUGCUAAAUCCCAACAAUGUCGGAUUUGCAGUAACAGACAGCAGAAGCACGUGAUCCUUCACACUGGGAACAAACAUAUACACCUAGGACUUAAUGUACUACUGACAACGGACUGAUUGUUUCAAUUCUCCUAACUGUUUCGGUAAUGUUCGGGCUUCCCUUUGAGAAAUUAAAUGUGGCAGUAGAGAGAUCCGUACACAUUUAAUUUUCAGAUCUAUUUUAAAAAUCCUUUAUGAAUGUAUUACAUUGUGUGUGUGUCUAAGGCCGCUUCCACACUAAUCAGUUUCUUUCAGUUUCCCAACAACAUCAUUUUCCAAAGUAUGCAGCAAUGGAGUGCAUUUUCAAAAGUCUUCAUUUUCGUAGGAGGAAAACACCAUUCUACUGUGGAUGAGAGGCAUAAAUGUAGCAAAAUUAAUUUCUUUUUUGAACAAAAACAUAUUAGUGUGGACGUGGUCUAAGUGUGUAUGUCUUAGACUUUCUGAUAUCUGAUAUACAGGGUAUGUUUUUGAUGUGAGCCACUUUGUCAAACUGUCUGGUUAAAGGGAUAUUUCAGCCAAAAAUAAAAAUUCUGUCAUAUUGUUCCAAACCAUUUUUGACAUCCUUUGACUUUCCUCUGUGAAACACAAAAGGAGAUAUUUAUUUUUGGGUGGACUGUCCCUUUGAAAUCUUUCUAAUUGGACUUGUCUGUUUGGUGUAUUAGCAAUAAUAACUUCUGUGACCAGUAAUCAUUGUAUAUGAGGUAUACAUGGUAUAACAUACCAUUAGAGUGUUAUGAGUUCAAUUCUAUUGUAUUCCUUUGAAGAAAUGCAUUGGUUUUUCAGGUUGACCGGCUUCUUAUGUCUCAGUGUUUUUUAUUGUGUCCAGUUAGUCCGCUUACAUUAGAAUGAUGCUCUUUUAUGGACCAUACUAUGAGUAUCAGCCUUAAAAUCAGGGAUACUGUAGUAUUUACACACCUUAGAAGGGCCGAUGAAGUGUGUAGACAUUAGAGACGCUCACUGAUCACGUUUAUUUUUCAUAGUUUUACACACUUGCAUUAUUUAACAGCUUAGAAGCAUUGACAUGUACAUUAACAUUUUACAGUAUAAAAGUGAGUGAGACUUUACAAGGUCAAAAAAAGACUUUGCUGUAAAAGUUAUAGAUCGUACAGUGAUGCUUACAACUUUGUUUUCGUUCCGGAUAUAACAGAGAUUAUAGAAUAAAUCAUCAGUUUGAUACACUAUGUUUCUUCUUUUGUUCCCAUAGCUCUAGUUUCUGCCUCUGACAAGAUUAAUACCUUGCUUAAUUAUUUAAAAUAUAUUUAUAUGUAGACUCCAAAAGGGGGCGUGGUAUCUAUACAGGGGGUGGGGUUACUCCAUAAGGGGGCUGGGCCAACUCCAAAAAGGGGCCGCACUUCCACACAAAGUUAGGGUAAGGUUAGGGGCACUGUAUGCAUGUCUUACUAUCCAGUGCAUUUUGUUAGCGUAAGCGCCAUAACGAUACAAUUAGAUCUUUGCUUUGCAAGUAAAUCAAAGAUCUAAUUAUAUCUUCAUGGCGCUAACCCUAACCCUAACAAAAUGUGCUGGAAGCCCUCCCCAGCACCACCCUAGGUCUGGCCCUUAAGCUAAUACAAUAAUUUCAACUCAAGUCAAUAUUUCAUGUGCAGUUAUUUAUUUAUUUUGCAAGUAGUGUUGUAAUAAGCAGGAUAAUGAGCAGUCAGAUGGUCAUUUUCACAAAAUAAACACCGACAGAACUCUGACGCUAACCGGAGGUUGAGUAAGACCCCUCCGCUUCGCGUUUCAGUCCUGACCACCUUGUCGGGGUUUAUUUUUCGAUAACAACCGACUGAGUGAUCAUUAUGCCUUACAUACUGUAGUUAAAAUAGCUAAAUAAAUGGGCUUAUUAACGUUUAAAAGCAAGGAGAAUUAUACAGGGGUUAAUUAUACAGGGGAACUUUUAACUAGGUACAUUGCGAAAAUAUUAAUUUUUCAAAUUACAUUUUUAUUUGUUUUUCAUCAUUUAGGUCACAUUUUAGCUUUUUAAAAGUGUACAAACCCAUGUCUUCCGUCAAUAAAUAUUAUAUAUUGCAUAUAUUAUAUUUUGUUACAUGUUGAUUCUUUCAUGUACAAUUUAUACUAUUUACAAGUAUUUGCAUUGAUUUGUAGAACACAUGCUAAAAAUCGGUACUGUCUCUUUAAGAAAACUGGCAUUUCUGUAAAGAGCAUCUGUAAAUGAGCACAUAUUAACAAAAGAGGACUCGAAUGGCUUCCUUAGCGCAUCCGUGCUAUUCGUGAUUAGAAUUAAAUGUUUAUCUUUGUUAUUUUUGAUCAGUUGACUGUAAAGGACAGAAAGGAUAUUAAAAGAGACGUUAUUAAAUGUCAAAUUGAUUGCAUGUGUAACGGGAGCCAGCUGAUAGAUAGCUGUGCAAUGUGUAUAAACCUCACUCUCCUGACCUCAAGGGGUGCACUAGCGACUGACGCUAGAGGCUAUAGCCUUUAGCCUCCUUGUUAGCGCACCUGCCUCCCAUGCCGGAGAUGCUGAUUCAAGUCCCGUACGGAGUGGGUAGAACAGGAGCGUCACACAUGGAUACUGUCUUUGGACACGUUACACAGAAAGAGUGAAACCAUACGUUUACUCUAAACACAUGGUGAAACAAUGUUGAACUUCUUGGCCAAUAUACUUCUCAAUCACUGGUGAGUGAAAUCCGAACAUUUACCAGCCAGUGGCCUUAUCACAGACAUUUUGUCACAUAGCGUGAGAUUUGGUCUCAUAUUUAACAGAGUUGCACAUAUAGUAAAAGAUCGAUCUUUAAGAUUUAAGAAUUGGUAUCGAGAUCAUUCAAAUGAAGAUCACAGUUCAUCGGAAAAUCGAUAUUAUUACCCAAUCCUACUUCCCAUAUGUUUUAUUGUUGACAAAUGCUGUGCAUCCAAUCAAACUCCACAGUAUUUAGCAAAAAAAAAAAAAAACAUCUGUUGCUUGGUAGACCAGGAGUCAAAGCAAAUGCCAACAUGGGCAGGUGACCCCCAUCCUUGAAAACCUCGAAAAUGAACAAAGCUACAAACAUGAUACCCAAAUUAGAAUCUGGGUGCUGAAGCAAAACCAGUGCAGUGUGAUUAAUAUGUUGAAGAUUGACUAUAUUUUAAUCAACUAUUGUUUUGGUGACAUGAUGUCAAUUAAAUAAAUAUUAGUAACUUUUAAAAUGCAUUUAAAUGUCAAUACAAAUUUUCUAUUCAUACAAUUGCUGAUUAGCAUUGUUUUAGCAUUUGAAAGGGUUUUUCAGUUCUUUAUUAUUGUCUUAAUGCAGCCUUUUACUAUAGACUUAUUUUCCAUAAGUCUACAGUAUGUUUCAACAGCACACCUAGGUCUUAUUCCAGAAUUAAAUGUUACCUAAGUGACAGAGCUGGAGUGGGUUUGCACUGGAAUGAUACUGCAUUGCAAUCUGGUUGUGUAGAAUAAAAUGUCAUGUCUAUCAUAAACAUUGCCAAAUGUGUGUUUAGGAGAAGCACGCUGUAUCAAAUGAUUCUAUAACACCAAAACCAACCUCUUAUUAUAAAACAACAUUCAUAAGUGCUAGCUUUAUUGCUAAAAGAUGCAUAAAAAGCCCAUUGUAGACUCUUUCUACUUUUUUUCUAGAAUAAUUGUUAGGUGCAUUUAAACCAAAUGCCAUCUAAAGUCUUGUGGUAU